CUUCAUAUCUCCUUCUCGGGUCUUUUGGCAUCUGACAGAAGAAACAGCGUGGAGCAAAAAUCUACCUGAAUUUCUGUGCUACACAUGGAGAAAAUGCCUAGAAAAUGAAGAGGUUCCUGUGUCGACCUGAACAGUACUCUGCUAAAAAGGUUUUUUGCAUCUUGAUGGCUGCUGCUCGUCUCUUUCUCCUGACAGCACUAGUGGGUUGUUCAGAAAGAUCUUUGUUCACGAGGUACAAGGGGAAUUAUUCCUGGCCUGUAACAAGUCCAGCCUCUAAGAAAGAAGUCAGCUGCAGGAAAAACCCUCUGCAGUCUGCUCAGAGGAGCUGUGAAAUUAGUAUUGAACUUGAGCAAGCUUUUUGGAAGAAACCAAACAUGACUAAAUGCAAGUUACUGGAAAAACUUCCAAAUAGUAUUCUAGACCUCCAAGAUAUCAAGCUAACAGAAGAGAAUGCACAAGAUGUUGUACAGCAUAUUUUAUACCUCUUGCCUGAUGCAACACUGGAUGCAGAAGAACUAGAAAUCAUUGCAAGGAAAAUUUCUGAUAUCGUAGAGCUUGCAGAUAUGAGUGUGACACUUGCAGAGACUGUGUUGUCUAUACUAGACUAUAUUCUGCUGCAAGAAAUAGAAGAUGAGAACUUUAGAAAAAUAACCGAUUGUAUCCUGAGGAUGACUGAGGAGAUGGGCUAUAAGGUUCUCUACACAGAGAGAAAUAUAUCAGUCAUAACUACGUCCUUGGCCCUCUUAGUGCUUCGUCCAGAUCCCAGACUGUUUGGAGGACUGGCCUUUGGCAUUACCUCCUACAACAGAGGCAUGGAUCUCAAGAUCAGUGUACAAGAAAACCUUUUCAGAAAGGCUUUGGCCUCGGUGUUUCUGCCAAAAUCCCUGAAGAACUUCCUAGGGAUCGAGUACUCUGACCCAGACAGGCGUUCAAAGAUCCAGUUCAAGUUUUUUGGCACUACUUCACUUUUUCUGGAUGACAGUUUAACGAUGGAGAGGUUAAAAACUUACGUUGUGAGUGCCAGCAUUGAAAACGCAUCAGUUCAGAACCUUAACGAGCCUGUGACUGUUACUCUCCACCAUAUAGACCAGAACAGGGGCAAUGCAGCGGUGCACUGUGUCUUUUGGGACUUUGGGAAAAACAAUGGACUGGGUGGUUGGAAUACAUCGGGGUGUGAAAUGGAAUAUACAGAUAUGAAUUAUACAAUCUGUUUUUGUAACCACCUUACCCAUUUUGGAGUCUUACUGGACUUGGCCCGGACAGAAAUAGGUGUCACGCAUGAUCAUAUAUUAACUCUGCUAAGCUAUGCGGGAUGUGGUGCUUCUUCCUUUUUUUUGGGAAUAACGCUCAUGACAUACCUGACCCUUGAGAAGGUGAGAAGAAACAACACCUCAAAAAUCCUCCUCAACCUUUGUGCUGCACUGCUGAUGCUGAACAUGGUCUUCCUCACCAAUUCCUGGCUGACCUCAUUCAACCAGCCAGGCCUCUGCAUUACUGUGGCCAUGCUACUCCACUAUUUUCUUCUUGCAGCAUUCACGUGGAUGUGCCUGGAGUCUGUCCACUUUUAUUUGGCUCUCGUCAAAGUUUUCAAUGCCUAUGUCCCAAAGUACAUCCUAAAAUGCUGCAUUGCUGGCUGGGAUAAGUAGACUGAUUCCCUCUUCACUUCUGUGCUUGUCAGCUUCUCUCAGAUUGGGGCAUAUUUACAGAAAUAAGUGAAGACACUGAACUAGCAGAAAUGCAAUGCACACCCUGUGCUACAAGGAUGGAUCUCUUCUCCCAGGCUGUUCAGCUUAAAUUUCUUCUGUGCCAGGAGACAUUAGCAGAGAAUGUUGGUCCUUGCACAGUCAUAUGCAACUGAAAGAAUACCAGCUAUUGUAAUUGCCUUUGUGCUCAUUAUAAAUAAGGACUUCUGUGGCAAUGGGUCACUCUCUGAGAUCCAUCCUUACAGCAAUUUUUGCUGGAUCCAGGACAACACGGUGUUCUACAUCUCUGUUGUGGCCUAUUUCUUCUUAAUAUGUUUGAUGAAUACAGCCAUGUUCAUCACUGUUCUCCUUCAAAUACACUCUGUGAAAACAAGGACACAAAAGACUUGCAGAUUCUGGAAACGGGCUGUUCUCCAAGACCUCUAAAGUGCUUUCAGCCUGAUGUUUCUUUUGGGCUUAACUUGGGGCUUUGCCUUUUUUGCCUGGGGAGCAGUGUGAGGGUAUUUUUCUUGUAUCUCUUCAGCAUUUUUAACACCUUACAAGGGUUCUUUAUCUUUGUGUUUCACUGCCUAAUGAAGGAUGAAGUAGUGAAGCAGUGCCGAUUAUAAUUCUGCUGGGGAAGAUUUUGUCUGAGUGGUUAUUCUGGAGCUGGAUUUGCUCAGCCUGGGAAGGAGAAGAGAGAUGUCUUGCUGUCUUUGGCUAUCUGAGGGGUAGUCACAGAAAAGAUACGAAUUUUCAGAGGUGCACAGCAAGAAGACAAAAGGCAAUGGACACAAGCCACAAGUGAUGGAAAUUCACGUUAUUUAUAAGGAAACAUUUUUUUUUACUAGUUGGGUGGCUGUGACCCAGAGAGAUGGUGGGGGAAGUCCCUCUCCAUGAAGAGUCAAAAUUCAGUUGGACAGAUGCCAAGUCAACUUGACCCCACUCUGGGCAAGAGGUUGAAGACCUCCAAAGGCCCCUUCCAAUCUAAAUUAUUCCAAGACUCUUCUGUUUGACAGCUCAGCAAGAAAUAGCCUGUGUUGCGGUUUAUUCCGGGCUACUCCAGUGAUGUUGAUUUUUUACAGAAAUAUAGAUAACUCUGUGUGUCUAUCAAAAUGAAAAGAUGUUAUGAAUGGGUCUAACAAAGGAAAAGCUUAACCAGUUUGUUUUCAGGAAACCAUACUAAAAAUCCUGUAUUGAUACCUGUGUCUUGUGCCCAGCAUCCUGUGCUGCCGAGGAAGAGGCAGCUUUCCAUUUGCAGAAGGGCAAUUCAGCACAAGCGCUCUCAGUAGCAAGCAGUGUUCUCCCUUGAGCAGGAGCCAGCUCACUGUUGAUCACACUAUAGUCACAAUAAGGACAAGGUUUCAAUUCCUACCCUUUGUGUGACUCCUGCCUCCUUCUUUGUGUCCUUAUCAAAUUAAUAUUACUAGACUGGGUCCUCAAGGGGAAAUAGAACACUGAAUUGCUGGUAUCCAGCCUCAUCUGCACAAGUGUGAUGGAGCUAAUGUAAAAAUCAACAUUGUGCACUGUGUGGCCCCAGCCUCCAGGCAGGAAUAAAGAUGGCACAGGAAGCAAGUGCAGACCAUUCCCUUCUGUGUUCUCUGGUAGUUUGAGAUGUUGCACCUGUACAGAAUUUUAUUACUGCACCUUCCAUUCUCUGAUUUCAGGCUGGAGUGGGUCAGGUGCAACUGCUGGAUCUAUACCAAAGCAUUUAAACCACAAAUCACCAUCCCAGGCUUUGCGGAGUCUACAUUCUAAUGGAACGAGUUCAACUUUCAAUGCAGAUUUGCUUCCCUGGACUUCCUCAGAUACAAAUUUUAAGAUUGGUAAGAAAAACUAUGCGUACACUGCAUAGACUCUAAUAGAUAUAUAUCAUAAUAAAUUCCAUAUGGUGACAGCAAAAUCCUAACUAAUGGAAAGAAAUAGGAAACCUUUCAUGCCUUAGUCUGUGCCAGGCUUCCAUUUGGGGAUUAAUGGGAACAUUACAGAUGGCUUUUGCUGUAUUUGGGAAAAUAAAAAAUCUCUUAAAAUCCUGGGAUGGCUCCUCUCCAAAAGGACAGGAACUCCCUGCUCAGCUGCUCCUUAGGCACCUGAGGAAUAUUCUACCCUCUGCCAGCUGACUGAUGCUCACAUAGGACCUAUUCCCAGUUAGGGAACACUAGAGUCUUGAGAUAGACUCUGGUGCUCUCUAACUGGAAUUGCAUCCACAAAAGAGCAAAGAUCUUGGGGAUUUUAGAAAGCUAAACAGGUGUGAGCCUCUUUAAACCAGAAGAAUCCCAGCAGAAGGUUUUGCCUUCAACGAUGGAGAAAUUGUUGCAGAGCUGUAUUCUGAAAAAGGAAUAGCACCAAGCAUUCCUGGUUGUUUUUGGAAAAAUGCUGAUUUCUAUUAUUUCCCCGAAGACAUUAAAACUGCAUAGGCAAGUUCUUUCUAAAUACAUUAAACCAAGUUAUUAUAAUGCAAAAAUGUUCCAAAUCCUUUCCCACAGCUGAAGUCCAUUGAAACUCUGGUGCUGUAUCUCCAGAAGAUGAGACCAACCAUCCUUUUUCACAAAGAAUACUAUUCAUGGAUACAUGGAUCCACAGAAAGCAGGAUUUUUACACUGAUACCGAAUUUGUUUUCCUCUGCUUUUCUAACAGUGGUUCCUUUUGAGACUUGUAGAAACAAACAUAGUCCUAAAGAAUAUCUUCUAAUGUACAGUUAUCACUCUGGACACAAUUAUAGUGCUAAAAUAUCCCAUGACUCAACUUUAGGCUUCAUUAGGAGUAGCAGUACUGACCACAAAAGGAUUUGAUCCCACUGUGUUUUCCAGAUUAGUCCUCAUGUUAAACAGAGACUGAAAACACUCCUGAGCCCCAUUCCUAGUUCAUCCUCCUUUUUUUUUCCCUUUCCGGUGUCCUGAUAGCCGUCUGUUUCCAUCUUCAUCUGAUACUUAUCCCGGAAUCUAAUACCCAUAAUAUUGAGUUACAAGCGGUAUUUUUGGGGCUGUUGGCUGACUGU